AGCGAGUGGGCCAACUUCUAUGUUAGCCUUAGGCAGUUAGCUCUUCCAAAGUAAGGAAUUAGCGCAGCUGGUCACGCGCAGCCCUGAGCCAACCGCCUAUGAACAACGGCCAGCAGAAAAAAAUGGCGCCAGAUGGGAAAGUGGACUGGGAAAUCCAAGUACCCAUGCUAACCCUGCCAAGGAAAUUCUAACCCUACUCUAUACCAGUAACCCUGGGACGACGAACAGAGGGCGGGAGAAGGGAAGAGUGGGCCCCGGGCACCCUGGCAUCCGUGUUUCCAGCAAACCUCUCAAUCUUGCCGUUGCAAUUCCCAAUUGAUCACCAACUACCUCCGAUCCGAUCAAUUAAACGCCUCCCCAUACCGUGGUCAAUCGGGCCACAGCGAACUGCGCGGGGUUAAUCCGAAGUCCACACGCCUUUCCAGGAUGCUUUCAAGAGCUGCCCGCCCGGCUUUGAGAGCUGGAGGAGCUGCCGUCUCGUCCCGAGCGGUAGCUCCGAGCCCGGCCACCUAUGCGACGCUGCGUGAGAUCGAGGGGCGCCUCAAGUCGAUUCGCAACAUCGAGAAGAUCACCAAGACGAUGAAGAUCGUGGCCUCCACCAAGCUCACCCGCGCGCAGAAGUCCAUGCAUGACUCGCGCGCCUAUGGCAAGACCAACAACCAGGUGUUCGAGUCGGCCGAGACGAAGGCGCUUGAGGGCGACGGCAAGAAGAAGCUCGUAGUCGUGUGCAGCUCCGACAAGGGCCUCUGCGGCGGCAUUCACUCUGGUCUGUCGCGCUUCAUCCGCCGGGUCAAGGAUGGCGAGAACUUCGAUCUCGUCAUCAUCGGCGAGAAAGCCAGGAAUCAGCUGCAGCGCACCCACGCCCCCAGCAUUGUUCUGUCCUUUGCCGGCGCCGGCAAGGACAUCCCUACCUUUGCCGAGUCCCAGGCCAUUGCCGACCAGAUAACGCAGCUCUCCGGCAACUACUCCGAUAUUGAGAUUAUCCACAACAAGUUCAUCAACGCCACGAGCUACGAGCCCACCAUCAUUGCGGCAUAUUCCGCCGAGGCCAUUGCUGCUUCCCCCAACUACUCCGCAUACGAGGUUGACGAGGACGAGCUGCUAUCCAAUCUGCAGGAAUACGCCCUGGCCAACUCUAUUCACUGGGCCCUAUCUGAAGGACACGCCUGCGAGAUCUCGGCCCGCCGCAACGCUAUGGACAACGCCUCCAAGAAUGCCGGCGAGAUGAUUGGCAAGUACCAGAUUCUGUACAACCGUACCCGCCAAGCCGCCAUUACCGGCGAGCUGGUCGAAAUCAUCACGGGUGCCAUCGCUUCGGAGGAGAUGUAAAUAAUCCUAUAGGAAGAAACGGUCCGAAUAGAAUUAGGCGAGGGAGGGACAGCGAAAAAAUCCCCACGACUUCCCCCAUUCGAAGAAAGAAAGGGGGUGGCGGCUUCUCCUUUUCUUUUGUAUCAAGUAGCAGAGUCCUCCGUCUUGUCGGCGGCCUUUCCGAGUGUAC